GGGAUAUAGUAGGCAGGGUUGACCGCUGGUGUCUUGAGAGGCCUAGUCCAGCUGAAGGAUCAAGUAGAGCUGAUUGGAGUCAACAUCAAACCCAGCCAACAUCAUGUCAGCAAAGAAAAGCCACGAGAGCUCCUGUCAGACUCAAGCCCAUCUUAUAACUGAGCUCCAGUUCCCUGUGAGCUACGUGGACCGCCUCCUGCAGGAGGAUCAAUACACCCAUCGCCUGAGUUCUACAACUGAUUUCCUCCUUGCCAUGCUAGACUACCUCACUGACUACAUCCUGGACCUGGUAGGCACUGAGGCCAACAACAGCAACAUGCAGACCGCCCCACAAGAGGUGGAGAGAGCAGUGGACAGCAAUGGAGAGCCCUACCACCGCUUGAAGGAUACAGCCUUCACCCUGUUUGAUGAGAUGCCUGGAUCCAGAAGAAAUGGCUAAAGCCUGGGUCCCGGAGACUUGUGGGCAUCCUCACAGCCUCCGUCCAAGCCAAGUCCUCUCAUAGCUGAGGAAGCCUGGCCUCUGUCAUCAGUAAAUACCAUUAAAGCAUUCAAA